CUUCGCAGGCAGAACGCGCGAGAUCUGGCUCCGUGUGCGCGGCUUGCAAGACGGAGUCCCCGUGACUCUCAGGCUGCGCGAACUGGCAGGCUCUCGAGCGUCUUUGUGUGAAAUAUCUUGCCUGUUUCUGCUCCUGGAGAAGGCGGGAAAACCGAGGCCUCUGGGCUGCUGCCGUGGGACUCUUGCCUUCCUCUCUUUCAGAGGGAAUCUGCUGGAAACUGCGGCUCUUCUUCGUUUUUCCUGCUUGAAGGUCGAAUUUGGCUUUCCCGUGGCUGCAGCAAAAAGACCCCCGAUGUCCUUUGCGGAGGUGGCUGUGUUCUUCACGGAGGAGGAAUGGGCUCUCCUGGAUCCGGCCCAGAGAGCUCUCUACUGGGAAGUCAUGCAGGAAGUUUACGAGACUGUGGCUUCUCUGGGGCUUUUGGUCCCAGGGUCAUUCCUUGAUUCUCAGCUGCCUCCAAGGGAAAUGCUGUUCCUCCAGAGCUCUGAGGAAGCAGGAAGGCGUGGAAAGGUCCCCUUGUCAGAAAAUCACAUUCCCAAUGAUGGCCACGCCAUUAAACAGGAGGAAGUGGAAGAGACACGUGUCCAGGACCCCAAGGAUACAGAGCUGCCGACAGGGCAUGAGUGGGAGACAAAGAGUGGCAAGGAACCAGGAGGAAUGGCUGUGGCAAGAGUGGAGGAUGUGGAGUUAGAAGAGGAACCUGGGAAACGAGGUUUAAGGAGUAGACAGCUGAGAAGGACAACAGAAGUCCAUUGGGUGAAGAAGAAGGAUUUGGCUGCCUCUCAGUGCAGAACCUUGCAUGCAAUCCCAGGCCGUGAGAAAAUACAGAACGAAAAGGGAAGGAAUAAAUGGUGUGUGAAUGGGGAAGGGUUCAGGUAUCAAUUGAGGGCUAUGAAAAAACAAAACAUUCAAACAGGAGGAAAGCCCUAUCAAUACUUGGAGUGUGGGAAGAGUUUCUCUCAGAAUGGCAACCUUAAGUUUCACCAGAAAAUUCACAAAGAGGAGAAGCCAUAUAAAUGUUUGGAGUGUGGGAAGAGCUUCUCUCAGAAUCGCUACCUAACGAUACAUCAAAGGAUUCACACAGGGGAGAAGCCAUAUAAAUGUUUGGAGUGUGGGAAGAGCUUCUCUUGGAAAUGCGAUCUAACUGUACAUCAAAGGAUUCACACAGGGGAGAAGCCAUAUAAAUGUUUGGAGUGUGGGAAGAACUUCUCUCAGAAUCACCACCUAACUGAACAUCAGAGAACUCACACCGGGGAGAGGCCAUAUAAAUGUUUGGAGUGUGGGAAGAGCUUCUCUAAUAAUGGCAAACUUACUCUACAUCAAAGAAUUCACACAGGAGUGAAGCCGUUUCAGUGCUUGGAAUGUGGGAAGAGCUUCUCCCAGAAUGGGAGUCUUACUUUGCAUCGGAAGAUUCACACAGGGGAGAAGCCAUAUAAAUGUUUGGAGUGUGGGAAGUUCUUCUCACGGAAUUGCAGCCUUACUUUGCAUCAGAGGAUUCACACAGGGGAGAAGCCAUAUACAUGUUUGGAGUGUGGGAAGAGCUUCUCACGGAAUCAUCAUCUAACUGAACAUCAAAGGAUUCACACAGCAGAAAAGCCAUAUAAGUGUUUGACGUGCGGGAAGAGCUUCUCUCGGAAUGACAGCCUUUCUUCACAUCAGAAAAGUCACACAGGGGAGAAGCCAUUUAAAUGCUUAGAGUGUGGAAAGAGCUUCAGCCACAGUAGCCACCUAACUGUCCAUCGCAGAGUUCACACACUGGAAAAACCAUAUGAAUGUUCUGUUUGUAGGAAGAGCUUUUCUCAUAAAUCUGUCCUUAUUCAACAUAAGAGGGUGCACACAGGGGAGAAGCCUUUUCAGUGCUCAGAUUGUAGCAAGUGCUUUUCUGAUACAUCAGGCCUUUUUAGACACAAGAGAAUUCACACAGGCGAGAAGCCAUAUAAAUGUUUGAAGUGUGGAAAGAGCUUCAGUCGAAGUAACAGCCUUGCUAUGCAUCAAAACGUUCACACAAAGGAGAAACCAUACAAAUGCUCAUAUUGUGGCAAGAGUUUUUCUUUUACAUCAGGCCUUACUUAUCAUCACAGAAUUCACACAGGGGAGAAGCCAUUCAAAUGUGCAGAUUGUAGCAUGAGCUUUUCUGAAAAAAGAAGCCUUAUUCAACAUCAGAGAAGGCACACAGGAGAGAAGCCAUUCAAAUGCUCAGAUUGUAGCAAGAGCUUUUCCGUUAAAACAAGCCUCAUUCAACACUGGAGAAUUCACACAGGGGAGAAGCCCUACAAAUGCUUGGAGUGUGGGAAGAGCUUCUCUUGGAACAGUGGCCUAAGAGUACAUCAGAGAAUUCACACAAAGGAGAAGCCAUACAAAUGCUUGGCAUGUGGGAAAAACUUCUCAGUGAGCAGCAGCCUAAAAAUACAUCAGAGGAUUCACACGGGGGAGAAGCCUUAUAAAUGUUUGAAAUGUGGCGAGAGCUUCUGUCGGAGAGACAGCCUUAAUUCACACCAAAACAUUCAUAUAUAAAUGCCGAAGGAGGGAGUUGUUGGAAUUCAACUUUUACUGUACAUAUGAAGACUGUGAUAGAGAAACUGUACAACUGGAUUAGAUUGAAAUCAACUGGAUUUAAAUCAUUAGUAAGGUCGAUUUAAAUCAUGGUUUUCUAUAUAAAGGCUCAUUCUUGGCUGAUUUUUAUCAUCUUAAUAUUUACAACCCUGAUGAAGAUUUCAUUUUUAGAAAUGUCAAUCAUAGAAUAGUUUAUGUUCUUUUUCAGCAUUUCUUUAACUUUGUAUUGGAUUUUUGCUAAUGUUAUGUCUUUGUAAACUCGCAUUUAUUUCUCCUAUGGCAUUUCUUAUUGAAAUCUCACACAAUGUAAUACGCCUUGAGUUUCAGUGAGCAAGGCAGACUAUAAAUGACAUGAAUAAAUAAAUACCUAUUAUAUUUGCUUAAACAUUCAUGUUAACUAAUGUGGUUAAACGAAAACGUUUCCAAAUGGGAUCUCUUUUAAGGGUGAAAAUAAUAUGAAUUGCAGGCACCUCUAGCAAAGAUCAAAAGACAUCUAGUGUCUUCUGUUCUAGAAGUUUCACUUUCAUUUGUAGUGUUUACUCCUCACACUUAGCACUUAAUAUUCUCUUACCAGAUCUAUUCCACCCCAAACAAUCUUUUAUUCAUUGACGAGCUUGGUAUCUGUGCUUUACUAUGGUAUUCAACUACUCUAAAUCCAGUUAUAAUAUUUAGGGGUAUGUAACAUUUUUUGUUUUUGUUUUUUUAAAUGGGCAAUCCUAGUGAAAUUUUAGGGAAAGACUGGGAGGUGCAUUUUACCUCAGGACACAUUAAAUUCCUUCUAAUAGUAACUGCAUACUAUUUAGAAUGCGGAGGUUGAGAACCAAUCCGGCCACAUACAGAAAUGAUCUCUGAGUUCCAACUUCUUUGGGUUGGGGCGUGGUGUGUGGAACGUUGUGAACCCCAAUCUGCCUGCAUAUGCAAAUGACCUUGAAAGGCUGGCCCAAUCAGGGAAGAGUGGCCAAGCUGGCAGUGGGUGGAGGUAGAAGCAGGCAGUAGCCUGCCAGCCACACAGAGAAGCUGUAUCUCUUUGGAAAAACACAUUUUACCUCUUUUUACUCCAUUAGGGGGUGAAUUUCUUAAAAUCCCUUCUUAGUAGGUGAAAGGAAUCAUGAAAGGAAUGGAAUGUUCUCCCUAAAUUAUGUUUCUAGGCCCAGGAGUUUGGGCUGGGCAUUGAUGAGUCAGUCAAGAAGCUUGUCUUUAUAUAUAGACGUUCUUGAAACUUAUCACUUAAGAGGUAAGGGGUUGAUCAUGUGUACAUGGAUUUGCAGAGGAAACAUAGGAUUGAGGUCUGUUUCUCAACUCUUAAUGUUUUUUUUAAAAUGUUGCUGUUAAGAAGAGGCAUGUUAUCUGUGCAGAUGGAACUUGAGUUUAGAUAACUGCAAAACCAAUAGUUUGCCUUGGUGUUUUCUAAAUAGAAAAAUUACUCAGAAUAAUCUUACAAAACCCUCUGGGAGAUCAUGACAUUAGGGCCCUAAGGAAUGAAUUAAUGGCAUUCAUUUAUAAUUUUUAUGAAUAUAAGAUGUCAUACUACAUAAUUCAAAAUUAAUCCUUAUUUCAUGAUGGGCUUUAGGCUAUAAUGUAUCUUAAAUACAAAACGAUCUUUAGGUAGAUUUCAAUUCAAAAACAUUUCACCCCAAAAUUCAAUUUGAAUAAAAAUGUGUGUGUUAAGUGCCACUAAGUUGCCUCCAACCUAUGGAGACCCUAUGAAUAAAAGACCUCCAAAAUGGCAUAUUGUUGAGAGACUUGCUCAGAUCCUGCAAACUGGAGGACGUGGCUUUGUUUUAUUGAGUCAAACCAUCUUGUUUUAGGUCUUCCUCUUUUACUGUCUUCUACUUUUCUUAGCAUUAUUGACUUUGCCAGAGAAUCUGGUCUUAAAAAAAAUCCAACUAAAAUUUCUAACAGCAAAUUUUAUUAUUUUUAAAUCAACUUUUAACCACCCUGUUAUCUUCUGUCUUUUUCCUCAUUUUUUCUCUUCUGCUUUUGCUCUGCUGUAACUCUGUUUUGGCUGUUAUGGAUGGGGUCGUUACAGCUGUUAUGCAACUUUCUAAUCCCUCCGUUUUGAUACACUUGAUGUGUUGUAGUGCUGUAUAGGUUCCAUAAGAAAUUACUGGUUAAUCAUGCUGAGUUGCUUCCAGGUUGCCCCUGCCGUGUAAGCCUCCCUGUUUGAACCAGAAGGAUUUUCGAGUGCCUGUUUUGUUCUCAGGUUGAAGCUCCCAGCUCUCUUUCUGAAGACAUUGUAGUUCUAUUAUUUGUAUUAUGCCAGCUUUACUAAUUAAAGAAUUUCCUUGUGAAUGUUCCA